CACCUAGUGCACGGCUCCAGGAGAAACGAGAGGUUGGCGUGGGUGGUCACGUGAUGCAGUCGAACUGCUACAAUUGACAGGUCCAAGUGGGUGCAGACGACGGGUCACGACAGGGUGGAGGUGGAAGCCGAUAAAGGAAGCAGACGACGGAAACAGCGCAACGACAAGUUCGAGGGAGCGCUCUGCAAGUUGCUACAAGUGCCUGACGAGACUAGAUGAGGAGCUCCCGAAGGACGACGGGGGCUCCGCGUCGCACUUCUGCUAUGAAGAUUGAGAUUGCCGCAGCCAUUCCUUGUUGAUGGAUUCAAAGAGAUGAUUUGAAAGAAAAGGGUUCAGAAAGUCGGGGGAAUGAUGUACGGGGUUGGAGAUUUAGAGACGGUGUCUGCCGGCUGGGGCCAAUUAUUGGAACUGAGUCCCACGAACGAUCCCGAUGUGGGCUCGGCUGCGGACGGAGAGGAACAUUUCUGCAAACUCAUUUUGUAUAAAGAAAUUCAGAACUCUAGAGUACGCAUAUGGGAUGUAGUGAUACUGAUCCCUAAUUUAAUCUUUCUCCUGUUUGUCGCGGUACGGUUCAAUCGAGCGAGACUUAAAUUGAGAGCUACCAGUAGUCCAAUAUUUUUAGCAUUUUAUGGAUUGGUCAUUUGUAACGUCAUUAUAUCCGUUAUACGAUGUGUAGUAUCAAUGACUGUCAAUGCAGCGGCGACCGUUGGUGGCAAUGUAGAUAAGAUUCUGUGGGUCACGGUCCGAUUCUUUCUCCUGGCCACGGAAAUGAGCGUGGUUAUAUUUGGCUUAGCAUUUGGACAUUUGGAUAGCCGUUCCAGCAUUCGCAGGGUAUUACUUGCCACGUCCUUUAUAGCAUUGGCAUUCACUAUAACCCAAGGAACCCUUGAGCUAGUUUUACCGGAUGAUACGUUUCGCAUACCCAGUAAGGAUUUUUACGUAUUUGGUCAUGGCGGCAUGAUGUUUUGGUUUUGUAGCAGCAUCGUGUUCACCACCAUAUACAUAUUUAUACUUAUCCUUCCAUGGACACGGCUGAGAGAUCGACUAGCCCUUCCCACACGGAAAAGUUUUUACGUUUAUGCAGGCAUACUAACCACAUUGGAUUUAGUACAAUCAGUAGGAGCUGGCCUCUUGAACUACACACAAAAUCCUAUUGGAUUGUGUGUCGUUGACCUUACCGCAGCAAUUUAUUUAACACUUUUUACACCAUUGGUUUACCACACAUUCCUGUCGGAGUUCUUUGGAGUGUCACAACCUUCGAUAAUGUUUUCAUACAAGGCGCAGGUAGAUGAUGCAAUGGAUGAAGAUACAGUGUCGCUACCACAUCAGCAGAGUUUCUCAUCGUUGAAAACAGACAGCGACUACAUUUAUCAGAAUCACAGUGUCUACGACUCGACGCAAUUUAAUGCCAGCUCUGCACCGAUCAACCCUCUGUACGCAGCAUCGCUGCAAAGUCCUGACAGCAUUACUGGAUAUAGUAUAGACAGUCAAGAAAUUCACACACAUCCUAAUGGAUACCAACAAUGAGUCAUCGAUGGUGUUUUCAAUUAACAAUUGUGAUCUGGAUAAAAGUGGGUUCACUUUAAGUGUCCAAAGAACAAUGUGAUCUUGCACAAGGUUGCAAGGUGUUCGACUACUGUCAAGUAAGUUCGGCCAACUCAUUUCCAUUGUAACGUUGUGCUUUUACAAUUCCAACGAAAACGGAUUCUAGUCGCCGAUGUAGAUUAAUACCAUCGAGAAUGGCUGUAAAGGUGAAGCAAAAAGUAUUUUAAAGUUUUCUUAAGUAGUUCGUAACUAACACGUACUGGAUGGUUGUGAAGCAACAAAGUGUAGAUUUAAUAUAUGAAUUUAAUAUGUGAAAUUUGGGUACCUUGGUUCUACUGAUCGUAAAAAUCACCCAUGAUGCGUUGAAGUACAGAGAGACCAUUGAAAUUUAUCGGUGAUUGUAAAAAGGUUAACAUUAACUCACAAGAUGAUGUCAAGUUCAGCGAGUCUUUAGUUUAUAAUAUUGAGGCGUUUUACGAAAAAAAAUUGUAUCAAAUUCAAAAAUGGUUCGCUCCUAAAAUCAGAUAAUUUUGUAAAUGUCUUGGAGGUCUGCUAAAAAAACUUUAAUCGCGCAUUUUCCAAUCUGCUAAUCGUUCAUCCGUCCUGUGCCACAUGUGUCGAAGAUAACUGUCGAACAAACACAUUUGGACCCAGCAUGAAAAUAUGAAAUCGGAACGAUCGGCGUUACAACCCUACUAUUUUCCUACUUUUGCAUUAAGAAUCGCUAGAGAAACAUUAAGGACAAUAUAGAAGUCGUUAAAUUAAGGAACUCCAAGCAUAAACUUAACUUAGACAUAACGGAAGCUCGAUAGUCAAACACUAAAUGCAUACCUUCUUACGUAACAGAUGUAAUAAAAAGAUUUGUAACCCGUUCUUUGGCAAUUUCGUUUCCAUGUCCUAUGUUAUGAUAAUAAUUAUACUCUGCAUAGCAAUUGCUUUCCAUUGUAUAAGCCUAUUAAUUGCUCAUUUAUUUUUGAUCUUCGUUCUGUUGACUGUCGAGUUACUAACAUGGUCAGUAUACUACACUAAGAUAAAGACUCCAUCCAUUAUGUAUGUAAAUUUGUCUACUUUAAUGUAAAUCCUAUAAUUUAUUUAUAACAACAUACUGCGUGCGCAUUUAUGAUAAUGUACUCAAUUUCUCUAAAGCAAUGGCUAAAAGGAUGACUUUUCAACUGAUCGUCCUAAUAUUCCAUGACUAGUAUUCUAGAUAAGUCCGAUCAGUAGAAAAGGUUUUGUGGUAUAUAGUCUGAUUAGCAAUAGCAACGUUUAUUCUAAGUAUGUGAUGGUACUGAAUGUGAAAACUAUUUCAUAAAGGUGUCCUUAAAGUGGAAUUCGAUAUAGAAGUCGAAAACUAAA